AUGUUUAAAGAGCAGAUUGUCAUUGACUGUCGUGGUGCUCUUUUAGGUCGCCUUGCCUCUAUAAUAGCUAAAGAAUUAUUAAAUGGUCAGAAGAUCAUUGCAGUGAGAUGUGAAGACAUAAAUGUUUCAGGCUCCUUAUAUAGAAAUCGUAUGAAAUAUCAAGAUUUCUUGCGCAAGCGAAUGAAUACAAACCCUCGUAGAGGUCCUUUUCACCACCGUUCUCCAUCUAGAAUACUUUUCAGAACAGUACGUGGAAUGAUACCUCAUAAAACAGCUAGGGGUGCAGCUGCUUUAGCCAGGCUGACAACUACAGAUGGAUGCCCAGCCCCUUUUGAUAAGAUGAAGAGAAUGGUAGUUCCAACGGCCUUACGUGUAUUGCGUCUCAAACCCGGAAGACAAUAUACAGUUUUAGGGGAACUUUCUGCACUAGUGGGUUUUAAUAGGGUAUCAAUGAUUAAGUCUCUAGAAGAAAAGCGUAAAGCACGUUCCCAUACCUUUUUUGUUAAGAAGGUUGCACACGAGAAGAAUAUGAAGAAAAUACAAGGACAAGUUUUCAGUAAAUUAACAGAGGUAGAACAACAAAUAUUAAGAGCGGCCGGGCAGUGUUAA